AUGCCAAAAACCAAACCAGGAUAUUAUGCUGUUCGUAAAGGCAGGAAACCAGGAAUCUAUUUAACUUGGGACGAAUGUAAAGCGCAAGUUAAUAAAUUUCGUAAUGCUAUGUAUAAAAAAUUUCCUACUCGUAUCGAAGCUCAAAAAUUUAUUGAAGGAAAACGUGAAGUUUCUGUGAUUUUAAAUGAUAAUGGAUCAUCAUUUAAUAACGGUACAACAAAAGCUCAAGCAGGUAUUGGAGUAUUUUGGAAAGAUAAUGAUCCCAAUAAUUUAAGCGAAAGAUUACUAGGAUCGGAACAAACUAACAAUCGUGCUGAAAUUUAUACUGUGAUUAGAGCUCUCGAAGCUUGUAAAAAUAAAACAAAACCUUUAGAAAUAAUGACAGAUAGUAAAUAUGUAAUUAAUAUAAUUGAAGAUUGGGUCGAAAAAUGGGAAAAAAAUGGAUAUAUGAGUUAUAAAAACACGCCGGUCAAAAAUCAAGAUUUAAUCAAAAGGUUAAAAAAACUUAUUGACAAUAGGAUAGGUACAGUUCAAUUAGUUCAUGUUAGAGGUCACUGGGGAAAUUAUGGUAACGAACAAGCUGAUAAAUUAGCUAAACUUGGUUCAUUACAAGAAGCGCAAGAAGAAAAUUUUAAAUUAGAAACUAAUAAUAUCAAAUGUAUCACAGAUUAUUUUAAUAAAAAUCAGUCCAAAUCUUUAUGUUUGAGACGUUUGCUACAACGAUUCGAGGCGAGACAGGGUCGUAGCCGUAUCAUCGAUGUUAAAGACAUCAACGAUUCGGGAACCUCGUAUCAGC